UGCGCAACGAUCGUGAACAGUGGAUCAGUGAACAGGCUAAAGAGAUGGAAAAGGCAGCGGCGAUCGGUAACAGUAGACAGUUAUUUAGACUUAUUAAGGAGACUGGGGGGAAAUGGUCAACAACAGUUAGUGAGGUUAUAGCGGAGAAGGACGGAUCGGCGAUUCACUCGCAGGGAAGGCGACUGGGACGAUGGGCAGAACACUUUGAGGAACAGUUUAACUGGCCUCCAGCCACCAUUGCGCUGCCCGCUAUCCAGUCGGACCCUGAAUGGGACAUAGAGACAGGUCCCCCAACACUAGAAGAAGUUGAGAAAGCGGUAGGUAGCCUGAAACGGGGAAGGGCAGCAGGACCAGACGGACUACCUGCUGAGGUAUACAAGAAUGGUGGUAGAGUUCUCUUAGUCAGGCUAACGGAAGUGUUAGCCAGUAUAUGGGAAUCAAAUACGAUCCCCUCCGACUGGUCUAAGUCACUGAUCAUCCCAGUCUUCAAGAAAGGCGAGAAGUCCUCUUGUGAUAACCACAGAGGAAUCAGCCUGACAAACAUAGUGUCUAAGAUCCUAAGUUCUAUAAUUCUCCGACGCCUGAGUGGAGCUCGGGAACAGCAAGCCCGAGAAAACCAGGCAGGCUUUAGACCUGGCCGUGGAUGUAUCGACCAAAUAUUCACACUGCGCCAGGUCCUGGAACAUAGGCAUGCUUACAGACGCCCGACAAUAGCUGUAUUUCUCGACCUGAAGGCGGCAUUUGACUCCGUUGAUCGAGAAGUCUUAUGGCAGUGUCUGUCACUGAAAGGCGUGCCUAGUAAGUACAUCACCUUAUUGAAAGCUCUCUACUCGAACACUUGUGGGCAUGUUAGAGCCUAUGGUGAGUUGUCCAGGGAGCUAUACUCAUCAAGUGGUGUCCGUCAAGGAUGCCCACUAUCCCCAUUCUUAUUUAAUUUUAUCAUAGAUAUUCUUAUGGAGGUUUCCCUCUCGUCACCUAAUUACAAAGACGUUGACCGGACCACAGGUGAAUUUUCCUUAGAUCUAGAAUAUGCAGAUGACAUAGUCCUGUUAGGUGAAGACGCUGACAAGAUGCAGAGUCUUCUGAACACUUUGAGUGGGAAUUUGAGAAUGUUUGGGAUGCGAUUUUCACCACCCAAAUGCAAAUUUUUGCUCCAGGACUGGUCUUCAGCGGUACCGCGGUUAACAAUAGAGAGUGAAGUGGUUGAGUGUGUUGACCACUUCACUUACCUGGGAAGUAGGAUCAACCCUGGUGGGUUAGUUGCCGAUGAGAUUUCUGCACGGAUACAAAAGGCUCGAUUGGCUUUUGCCAAUUUGCGCCACCUAUGGCGCCGCCGUGAUAUUCGUUUGUCUAUUAAGGGUCGCGUGUACUGCACAGCAGUCCGCUCUGUUCUACUGUAUGGCUGUGAAACAUGGCCAUUGAAAGUGGAAGACAUGAGAAGGUUACAGGUAUUUGACCACCGUUGCCUUCGUAGUAUAGGACGUAUUCCGUGGUGUCACCAUGUGAGUAAUGCAGAAGUUAGGUGUAGAGUUUUAGGGAGAAGAGGUAAGUCAGUCGACGAGGUUGUGAACCUUCAUCGACUGAGAUGGUUGGGACACGUACUACGUAUGCCUAGUCACCGAUUGCCUCGUCACACAAUGUUGGCUGAGGUGGGUUCAGGCUGGAAAAAGGCCCGAGGUGGCCAGACUAAAACAUGGCACCAAUGUAUGAAGUCUCUGACUGUUGGUUUAAGCCAUGUAGGACGAUGCAGACUAGGUGGUUGGGGUCCACGGGACAAGAGGAACCAGUGGUUGGAGACCCUAGGUGAUAUGGCUCAGAACCGAAGUCAGUGGCGCAGAUGUAUACACACAUUAUCCUCAUCUUAACAACGCUAUACCGAAUCUCACUAUUUUGUCACUCCUCUUUCCUUUCUUCUCAUACUUUAUAUUUCUUUUGACUGCAUUCACUUAUCUUCAUCCUUCACCUCACUACCUUUUUACUUGAUGUGCUGAUAUGAGGUGUGGCAACUCGGACCGUUACGCAGUAAUGCCUGGUCCUAUGUUGAUAAUGAUGAUGAUGAUGA